AUGGCGGCUGGGGUUUCCAUUGGCCUCCUCGAUCGUGCCAUCGCUGACGCGCGGCACUUCGUCGGCGCUCUUGAGCCGCAGGCUACUUUCACGGUGAGGUUCGUGAGCCAAGACAAGAAGACGGGCCAUAAGUUACAACUGCCUGGCCUCACCCACAGAUCCCACGCGGGGGUGCUCCACUUGUUCGUCAGGCCCCACGGGGGGAACAUCAUCAUGCUCGACGCUGACGUGUCCGUCCUGCCCGAUGGCCACGCGGAGUGCUUGGCGAUGGCACCUGUGGUCGUUGUGGCCACCAGCGGAUGGGAAUGCUCAAACCGUCAGCAUUGGCACGCCAUGGACCCUGCGGGGCUGCGGGGCGGGGAAGGCCGCAACGUCACACUCACCUUGCAGCGCCUGUUGGGCACAGAUCCCAAUCCCACUGCGGAAGAACAGUUGGGUCGCAUGCCGGGGCCCCUUAACGCCAAGCCGCAUAUGCUAUGCACGGCGCAGCUUGUGACCGCGUCGCGAAGUUGCUUCAACGCCGCCCGUUUCUACUCCCUGACCGCCAGGCACACGCCGCGCCUGACCGUCGACGCAGCGGGCGACGUGUCGGCGCAGAUACCUCGCGCACCUGCCCAGUACAAGGCGCCAUCUGUGGCCCGCGGCGCCAGCAGCUUGGACUGGAAAGCGCGCUGCGAGUUCUGGGAACUGCCCCCGCACGCUUCCCUGCAAGAUUGCAUCGCGGCCGUGCAUUGGCGCAAAACUACAGCGUGGGAACCUUACAGGGAGACGGCCGCUAAGAAGGCCAGGGACAGGGUGCUCCGAAGAAACCCCGCCGCAGACACAUCCCCGCCGCCGCCCGCGGCCGCGCCGCAGCCUGACGCUCGCCGCCCGCCUCCGCCGCCAAGUGCGCCGCCGAUGCUCGUCGCCCACGCGCAAACUGCCGAACCUUCUUCGGGUUCCGGCGACGCGCAGGCGCCAAGCGGGGCCGCGCCGCCUGCGCAGCCACCAGCCCCGCCCAGGCCGUCGGGGCACGCCCCGGGCGCUGCGGAGCCAGCGCCUGCUACGCCGCCGGUAUCUGCAGCCCGCGCGCUCGCGGCCGAGCAAGGCCGCCUUUGGCCCGCGGCGUCCUUCCGUCGUUUCUCGGGCGAUGCGGGGCGCAUCGACUCGCCCCCUUCCCCCGUUGCAGAGGCCUCGAGCAACGGCCCGCCACGGUCAGGCAAGGCCGUGUCCGAGGGCGGGGCGCCCCCCGACGAUGCUGGCGCGUCGCCCCGCCGCCCUCCGCCCCCGCAGCCCGCGGGAGGAGACGGCGCGAGCGGCGACGGCGCCGAGCUGGAGUGCGCCAGAGGAGCGUUCACGUGCGGGGGCUGCGGAGAGCAUUUGGCCAAGGCGAGUUUCUCCAAGACCCAGCUCAAGUACGGCGGCGACAAGCGGUGCGUGGAUUGCGCUCGAAAGGCACGCCCUGGGGAGGGCGUCUGCAGUGGCCAUCGCCCGAGAAAGCUCAAGCAGUGUUCGUCUUGCCGCGCCGAGUUGGGGAAGGCAUCUUUUGCCGGAUCCCUGUGGCUCUCAGCGGAUUACGAGUCCCGCAUCUGCAAGGGGCGCGCUGCGAAGCCAGGCCCGCCCCCAGUGCCUGCAGACAAAGUCGACGAGGACAUGUUUGAGUCUCGGCCAGAGGCUCUACGAUUCAUCCUCACCUCGGCAAGCGCGCCCCCUUCUGAUGACAUCCGCGCCAGCAACGCCGCGCGGACCUUGCACGGCCGCUCUCAGAUAACCAGCAUCGAGGUCGACGGGGGCCUGGCGGUGGAAGAGAAGCUUGAGCUACUCAAGAAAGCGCGCGAUGAGGACCUUCAGCACAGCGGUGGGGCCGAUGGACUGCGCCGGGCCCUUGUCGAUGCUAUGGGGGGCUGGGCGCACCUCGACCUGGGCGCUACCUUCUACGCGACGAGAUGCGUUACGCGUCGCCGAAGCACCUCUCGCGGAGCCUGCGUCGCAGACGCGCCGCUCCAACACCUUUCUGGGGAAUUGGAGGCGCUGAAUGUCGUCGGGCUCGAUUUGAAGGCCCUGCCAUUCACGCGC